AUGUAUUAUAGUUUGUUAUUUGUAUUAUAUUUUAUGUGUAUUGUUAUACAAAACAGCGAUGGACUUGAUAAUGGUCUUGCAUUAACACCCCCAAUGGGUUGGAUGUCUUGGGAACGAUACCGUUGUACCAUAGACUGUGAGUUUAAUCGAAAUGAUGAAGCCAAUGAUGAAUGUAUCAGUGAAAAAUUAUUCAAAAAAACAGCCGAUUUGAUGGUAUCUGAAGGAUAUUUAGAAGCUGGCUAUGAAUAUGUUAUAAUCGAUGAUUGCUGGUUAGCUAUGGACAGAGAUGAAGAUGGUAAAUUACAACCUGAUCCUGAUCGAUUCCCAAGUGGUAUUAAGGCUUUAGCUGAUUAUAUUCAUAGUAAAGGGUUGAAAUUUGGAAUUUAUGAAGAUUAUGGUACAAACACUUGUGCCGGUUAUCCAGGUAUUAUAGACAAUCUUGAACUUGAUGCUCAGACAUUUGCCGAAUGGGAUGUAGAUUAUAUAAAAAUUGAUGGUUGCUAUGCCAAUAUUUCCGAUUAUCCAAAAGGGUAUCCAGAAUUUGGAAAAUAUUUAAAUGAAACUGGUCGUCCAAUAGUUUAUUCCUGUAGUUGGCCGGCUUAUGAAGAUGAAAGUGAUUAUGAAGCAAUUUCUAAAACUUGUAAUCUAUGGAGAAAUUAUGGUGAUAUACAAGAUUCAUGGAGUUCUGCUACAAGCAUUAUAAAUUGGUAUGGUGAUAAUCAAGAUAAAUUUGCCCAAUAUGCUGGUCCUGGUCAUUGGAACGAUCCCGAUAUGUUAAUAGUGGGUAAUUUUGGAUUGACUUAUGGACAAAGUAGAGCACAAAUGGCAUUAUGGUCUUUAUUAGCUGCACCAUUAUUGCUUUCAACGGAUCUUGCAAAUGUGAGACCAGAAUAUAAAGAAAUAUUACUUAAUGAAGACUUAAUAGCUAUUAAUAAAGAUCCCUUAGGAAUACAAGGAUUACGAAUUAUACAAAAAGAUGGUAUCGAAGUGUGGACUAGACCAAUAACACCAAUUAUUGAUGAAUAUGAAUCAUAUGCAAUUGUAAUAUUAAAUCAAAAUGAGGAUCCAGCACCAACAAAAGUAUCAAUAAGAGUUAGAAAAAUUGGAUUAAAAGCUAAAAAAUACACAUUGAAGGAUUUGUAUGAUCCAGAAAAAUCUCCGAAAGAACCAACCGAUCAUAUAAAUGUUUCUGUCGAUCCAAGUGGCGGUGUAGUUGCUUUAAAAGCAACACCAGUUAAAAGAAAAUUAGGUCUUCCACAAAUCAAUGAAAUUGAUAAUUAA